AUGCUCUUAACUGACAUUUACAUAACUGUAGAGCGUCGUUUUAGAGUAAAAAUUUGAAUUUGUAAUUUAGAAGUUGAGACUGCACUCCCAAAUCACCCCUUUUGUUUCUUUCCGUACAAAAUAUUUGGGCUUUAUGACAUAUUGUUUAAAUAAGUGUUCCAUUUCUUUUAAAUGAUUAUAUAAUGGGCAUAAAAAACUAUAAUUCAAACAUUUAUGUUCAAAGAAGCCUAAAAAUGUACUAAAAUAACAGCACCUAUGAUUAUAUUUCUUUGCUUAAUAGUUGCUUUAGCAAUGAUUUAAGCUCUCAGACAAAUGACUUUGUAAAGAAAGCGAGAGAUAAGCUCAAAGAAGAUAAAUACAAAAGUCUAGAGAGCUUAAGACCAGAGUUUAAAACCAAAGAAGCAAGAAAAGAAGAGUUCAGAGUCUAAAGUGUCAUAUUUUUACUAAAGCAUAAAGUCUACAGCGAUAUUUAAGUCUUUGAAAAAUAGUCUUUGAGCAAUAAACUAACUUUAUGUAAACAAUCUUGCAGAGGGCUAUCAAAGAAAGAAGUUGAAAAGUUCAGAGUAUAAUGAAAAAGAAGAAGAGAAAGCCUAUUUGCUUGGGGAUCUAAUCGAUCCGAAUUAUUAAACUUAACACCGAAUGGGCAUCUCAGAAUCCCAGCUUCAUAGGCAACAUCACUCCUUGAAACUUAGAUAUAAGCAGGACUGAGUCAUAUUUAUCCCAAGAUCUUAAUAAAAAAUUACGCUAAAAGAU